GCAGAAAUGAAGUGCCUGGCUUUGGUGGUCGUCAUGGCCAUUUUGGUCGCCCUCUUUGCGGGAUCCUCGGAGGGCAGCUAUUGUCCCUGUGACCUCAAAACAAAGGGGUCGGAGGUGUGCGGCUCCAAUGGCGUCACCUUCAAGAAUCGCUGUGAGUUCGAGUGCACGCAGCGAAAUUACAAGAAGCUUGGAAGGAUCCUAAACAUCCGAAGCGAUGGGCCAUGCAAUUUAUAGAAAUUUGUCGAUUUUGGAUACUAAUCAAGCAUAUUUUUCAUACGAGUAUCAGUGAGUCAGCAGUCUUCUCCAAUUUAAAUUGGAGUGCUGUGAGAUAAUAUUUUAAAUU